CCCUUCUAAACCAGAGCUGUAUCACUGCUCGGUUGGCUCGGGGAGGAUCUCUGGCAGAUGAAAACAGCUGUACGAAAAAGGGCCCAGAAUGCAACUCGGUUGCUUCCCUCGACCACUCCGUUCCCUCUGUUCUCUGGUCUUUGCUUUGAUUAGUGCAAACAUAAUGGCAGCGCGGAAUGGUUCCCGGACCCCCUAAUAUGCGCUCGACUGAAACGGCGAGAACGAGGGCACUACCGGACCAGCCUCAAAAUGACCACCGGCUCCAGCUCCAACUCCUGCCGAUUCGCAGAUUAUUUCGUUAUCUGCGGACUCGACACCGAAACUGGGCUGGAACCCGACGAACUGUCCGCUUUAUGCCAGUAUAUACAGGCUACUAAAUUCAGAGAUGGAGCCAGACGAAUGUCGGCGAGUACCAACGAAGGUGAGAAUUUUGAGCAGAGUCCCCUGCGGAGAACCUUCAAGUCCAAAGUUCUGGCGCACUACCCUGAGAAUGUGGAGUGGAGCCCCUUCGACCAGGAUGCUGUGGGCAUGCUCUGCAUGCCGAAGGGCCUGUCGUUCCGCACGCAGGCGGACUCGCGCGAGCCGCAGUUCCACUCCUUCAUCAUCACGCGCGAGGACGGCUCGCGCUCCUACGGCUUCGCCCUCACCUUCUACGAGGAGGUGACCAGCAAGCAGAUCUGCUCGGCCAUGCAGACGCUCUACCACAUGCACAACGCCGAGCGCUACGACAUCCUGCACUCGCCCUCGGGGCCCUGCCCCGCCGCCGCCCCCCCACGGCCCGGCGCCCUGCACCCCUCGCCCGCCCUCUCCCGCCUGCAGCGCUUCAACUCCUACGACAUCAGCCGCGACACGCUCUACGUCUCCAAGUGCAUCUGCCUGAUGGCGCCCAUGGCGUUCCCUCAGGCCUGCCGCAAGGCGCUGGAGCAGCUGCACCGGGCUGUCACCUCCCCGCAGCCGCCACCGCUGCCGCUGGAGAGCUACGUCUACAACAUCCUGUACGAGGUGCCGCUGCCGCCCGCGGGGCGCUCGCUCAAGUUCUCGGGCGUCUACGGCCCCAUCGUGUGCCAGCGGCCCAGCACGGCCGAGCUGCCCCUCUUCGACUUCCCCAUCAGGGAGGUGUUCGAGCUCCUUGGGGUGGAGAACGUCCUGCAGCUCUUCACCUGCGCCCUGCUGGAGAUCCAGAUCCUGCUCUACUCUCAGCAUUACCAGAGGCUGAUGACUGUGGCGGAGAGCAUCACGGCUUUAAUGUUCCCCUUCCAGUGGCAGCACGUGUACGUGCCCAUCCUGCCUGCCUCCCUGCUGCACUUCCUGGACGCCCCCGUGCCCUACCUCAUGGGCCUGCACUCCAACGGCCAGGACGACCGCUCCAAGCUGGAGCUGCCUCAGGAGGCCAACUUGUGCUUCGUGGACAUUGACAACCAUUUCAUCGAGCUGCCGGAGGACCUGCCGCAGUUCCCCAACAAGCUGGAGUUCAUCCAGGAGAUCUCGGAGGUGCUGAUGGCCUUCGCCGUGCCCCCGGAGGGCAACCUGCACUGCAGUGAGAGCGCGGCCAAGCUCAAGGGCUUCCGCACCUGCGACAUGGCCUCCGACAAGCGCAACGGCAACCUGGGCGGCUCGCCGCUCAACUCCUACCUGCUGAAGGAGAACGAGACCAUCGCCCGGCUGCAGGCCCUGGUGAAGAGGACCGGGGUCAGCCUGGAGAAGCUGGACGUGAAGGAGAACGCCAGCAGUAACAAGGAUCUGAAGGUGCAGUGCGACGAGGAGGAGCUGAAGAUGCACCAGCUCAACAUCCAGGUGCGCGAGGUCUUCGCCAACCGCUUCACGCAGAUGUUCGCCGACUACGAGGUGUUCGUCAUCCAGCCCAGCCAGGACAAGGAGUCGUGGUUCAGCAACCGAGAGCAGAUGCAGAACUUUGACAAGGCCUCCUUCCUGUCAGACCAGCCGGAGCCCUACUUGCCCUUCCUCUCCCGCUUCCUGGAGACCCAGAUGUUCGCCUCCUUCAUUGACAGCAAGAUCCUGUGCCACGACGACGAGGACAAGGAGCACGCGCUGCGGGUGUUUGACGCGCGCGUCGACAAGAUCCGCAUGCUGAACGUGCGCACGCCGACGCUGCGCACGUCCAUGUACCAGAAGUGCGCUAACAUCGACGAGUCAGCCGCUGCUGUUAAAAAGCGCUUUGAGAAGGUCGAUCUGAUCGCCCUGCCCCCACACUGCCUCGAUCUGGAGAACAACAAGGCCGAUGAUAAGAAGGCCAUCGAGAUGCGGCUGUCGAAGAUCGACCACACGGCUCUGCACCCCCACCUGCUGGACAUGAAGAUCGGGCAGGGCCGCUAUGAGCAAGGCUUCUUCCCCCGCCUGCAGUCCGAUGUGCUGUCCACUGGGCCCACCAGCAACAAGUGGGCAAAGAGGAGCGCUCCCGCGCAGUGGAGGCGGAAGGACAGGCAGAAGCAGCAUGCAGAACACCUGUACCUGGACAACGACCAGAGAGAGAAGUACAUCCAGGAGGCGCGGAACCUGGGCACCACCAUCCGGCAGCCCAAGCUGUCGAACCUGUCCCCCUCCGUCAUCGCUCAGACCAACUGGAAGUUCGUGGAGGGGCUGCUGAAGGAGUGCAGGAACAAGACCAAGCGCAUGCUGGUGGAGAAGAUGGGCCGGGAGGCGGUGGAGCUGGGCCACGGCGAGGUCAGCAUCACGGGCGUGGAGGAGAACACCCUCAUCGCCAGCCUGUGCGACCUGCUGGAGAGGAUCUGGAGCCACGGCCUGCAGGUCAAGCAGGGUAAAUCAGCUCUCUGGUCCCACCUGCUCCACUAUCAGGAGAGCAAAGAGAAGAAAGACGCCACACCAGGCGGCCUGAGCCCUCCAGGCUUCAUCCACGAUACGGAGAGGCGCAAGUCUGACGCUGGAGCCGCCAUGCCCCCCCUCAAAGUGUCCCUCAUCCAGGACAUGAGGCACAUUCAGAACAUCAGCGAGAUCAAGACGGACGUGGGCAAGGCGAGGGCCUGGGUGCGCCUAUCCAUGGAGAAGAAGCUGCUGUCCCGGCACCUGAAGCAGCUCCUGUCCGACCAUGAGCUGACCAAGAAACUAUACAAACGCUACGCCUUUCUGCGCUGCGACGAUGAGAAAGAACAGUUCCUUUACCACCUGCUCUCCUUCAACGCCGUGGACUACUUCUGCUUCACCAACGUCUUCACCACCAUCAUGAUCCCGUACCAUGUGGUGGUCAUUCCCAGUAAGAAGCUGGGAGGGUCCAUGUUCACAGCCAAUCCCUGGAUCUGUGUCUCCGGGGAGCUGUCAGAGACGGGCGUCCUCCAGGUCCCGAAGAACACCCUGGAGAUCACCUUUGAGUGCCAGAACCUGGGCAAGCUAACCACGGUGCAGAUGGGGCAUGACAACUCAGGGCUUUAUGCAAAGUGGCUGGUGGAGUGCGUCAUGGUGAGGAACGAGAUCACAGGACACGCCUACAAGUUCCCAUGCGGGCGUUGGCUGGGGAAGGGCGUGGACGAUGGCAGCCUGGAGCGGAUCCUGGUGGGGGAGCUCCUGACUCCCACCACAGAGAACGAGGAGCGGAUGUGCCGGACGCCCCCCAUGCAGCAGUCCCCUGGUAUGAUCCGGAGGCUGGUCACCAUCUCACCGAACAGCAAACCAAAGUUAAACACAGGUCAGAUCCAGGAAGGAGUAGGAGAGGCCAUCAAUGGGAUCGUCAAGCACUUCCACAAGCCAGAGAAAGAGAGGGGCAGCCUGACCCUGUUGCUCUGUGGGGAGUAUGGCCUGGUCUGGGCUCUGGAGCAGGUGUUCCAGCACGGCUUCAAAUCCCCGCGCCUCUUCAAGAACGUCUUUAUCUGGGACUUCCUAGAAAAGGCGCAGGUGCACUUCGAGAGCCCCGAGCAGAGGGAGAUGGCACAGGAUGAGAACUGGCAGACAAGGGCGCGCGACUUCUGCCGAUUCAUGCGCGCCAUCAACAGCACCCCCAGGAACAUCGGCAAGGACGGAAAGUUCCAGAUGCUGGUGUGUCUGGGAGCCAGGGACCACCUACUGCACCAUUGGAUAGCUCUCCUGGCAGACUGUCCAAUCACGGCGCAGAUGUACGAGGACACGGCACUGAUAAAGGACCACUCACUGGUGAACUCUCUGAUCAGAGUGCUGCAGACUUUGCAGGAGUUCAACAUUACUCUGGAGGCCUCCCUAGUCAAAGGCAUAGGCAUUUAGUCCUUCCUCCAUGCCUGUGGGACCCGAUACAGUGGGAACAAUGGGAACUGUUACUUUUUUAUGUGGACAGUGACUUGAACAAAGGACAAUUUCUGGCUUAUUUUAAAGCUACCAUUAUGUUUGCCAUAUAAUAAGUGCAAUGAGCCUUUUAAAAUGUGUCAUUAUUUUUUAUCCUCAACAAUGUGUGCUGUUAGACAUUUUAAAACAUGUUUUCUAUUAUAAUUUGUACGUUUUAUUUCGGUGGAGACGGCCCAUCUGUGAUAUACUGUAUUAAUGAAAACUACAUCUUUUUGUUGUUGUGAACUGCUGACAGUAGCUAUAUUUAAGAGGAAAGCAAGGAACAGAAAACUGUUAAUAUAUUUUCAGAAUGGAGCAGUAUUAUUUUGAUAUGUCUGUCAAGUUGCUUGCUCUGUUGUCCGAAUUUACAUUUAACAGUUGUGCAGAGCCGAAAGCAAAUGAUGAAAUAGUAUGCUUUAUAAGUACUAAAGAUGGGAAGAAAUAUGAUUUUUUUAAUGUAGAAGGAAAGAAAUGCAUUUAAAAUAGUUUUCUAUAUCUUCCAAUUCCAAGACUUGGACCAUUUAUGGAAAAAUUAGUGUCCAAAUCUACAUAUCAUUCUACUCAAGCUGAAAAGAGGCACCUCCUGUCACCAUUAAUAUUGUCAGUUACAUACCUGAUGUACGGUUGUACUCACUGGUAAUCAGCCAUUCACAAAACCAUGCUUCAAACAUGCGACAAACUACUCAGUGACAGUAACAGUGCCCCAGUAUGGGUCCAGAAUGCAUGCGUUUCCACCACUCAGGCUGGAAGUAUUGGAACUCGUGGCUUACUUGCAAAUACCUCUAACAAACUAAACCCUCAGUCCACACGCUCAACAUUCUUUUUCUUCUGCACUCUGGGAUUGGCUGGUCCCCCGCAGUAACAUUCUGUGAAGGGAAUUGUAGGUACGGUGGUGUGGCAUGGCCAUGACAGGCAAAAAAUUCCACCCUGUCAGUGUUUUUUUUUUUUUUUUUUUAAUGGAAGCUUGCUGUUCCUUCAGGUAGGCUGUUCCAGGUAGUUUGCCUUUUCGUAAGUGCCCUCACUUUUCUCCAGUACAUUUAACAGGCUCUCAGCUUCCACCUCCCAUACCCCAAACCGCCUCUGGUUCUGCUAUGCAAUACUCACCUGCACAGGAAGACAAAACGAUUUGCAAAAGAACUGAAGAUGAUAGAGAAUGGUUACCUCUUCCCUCAAUAGAACUGAGUAGCAUAAUAUGAAUUCAAAACAUUACUGCUUGAGAGAAGCACAUGUGAAAUUUUCCAUUCUCAUUCUGGUGAGACUUGAACAGUGGCUCACCUGUGUGUUUCUGGCACAACCUUAUUGGGAGAGAUUUUUUUGGUAGAGGGGGGGUUGUUUUGAUAUAUUUCUUGACAGAGAUGUGUUAUGUAGUGUAAUAUAAGUGAGUAACUGUGUACAGUGUAUAAAAUGUAAUAAAAGAGACAAUUCUGGAUAUGUGUAUGUAAAAGUGUAUUGUAUAUUUUUACACAAAACAAGAAUUGAUUCGCUCUAGUAUGUUGAUUGCAAUUAACAAUGUUACCUGGGAAGUGGUUUUCUAGGAGUCAUUUAUAUCUUUGUAACUGCUCUGGUACCCACGCUGUUUGAAAACUGUAGCUCUGUACUAGGUAGUCCAAAGUAGUUACACUUGUAUUUCAA